CAUAUGAGCACUUAAACAGAUGAACUGAUUUAAACCAGUCUCGAUCACUGAUAACAAGACGUUUUAACUUGGCUUUCGGCGUUUCCACCGCGCCUCGCUCGCCCGCUGCUUAGCAACGCAGGCUGGUGUUAUCAGAAAGAGGGCGUGGCAACGCGCAGCGUAUGGGAAGUCAUUUGGAACAAGAGCGCGCGCACACUCUCCGGUGUGCCUCUCACGCACGCCGCGCGCUCACAGCGGGUAAUAUGAUUACGGCUCUAUUAGCUCCGUGCGCGAGGUGAGCCAGAUCCAGCGCGCGCACCGCUGAGCGGAGCGCUGAUGAUGAAGCGCUGUCAUAACGCGCUUGCGAGAAAAUAGUCGAGCAGUUUUUUUUAAGACAUUCACCGACUUGAGAAAGACAAGAGGAGAAGUUAAAAACUGUAUUGGGUUUGUUUGAAUGGCUUGAUAAGUUUGUGCGUCGCAGUAUUUUUUUUCUCACCAAGAUGUCAUUUUUGUCUAAUGCAAAGAUUCUUUCACUAAUAUGGAAAACAUUUCAAUUGUGAGAGGAAAAAACUGAUUCUCAACAAUGGGGUGUGACAACGUGACCAAUGGGACGGACAGUGGCGGACCGCCCUACACCCUCCUGGUGGCCCUUUCUCUGAGCGUCCUCGUGGGUCUCCUCAUCCUCCUCAUCGUCUUCGGCAACGUCCUGGUGAUCAUCGCCGUCUUCACGAGCCGAGCUCUCAGGGCUCCCCAAAACUUGUUCCUGGUCUCACUGGCGUCAGCUGAUAUAUUGGUGGCCACUUUGGUGAUGCCUUUCUCGUUAGCCAAUGAGCUGAUGGGAUACUGGGCUUUCGGGCAGGUGUGGUGCGAGAUCUACCUCGCCCUGGACGUUCUCUUUUGCACGGCCUCGAUCGCUCACCUGUGUGCCAUCAGUUUGGACAGGUACUGGUCAAUCACGCAAGCCAUCGAGUACAACCUCAAGCGCACGCCGCAACGGAUCAAGCGCAUCAUUUUCGUCGUUUGGGUCAUUGCCGCCGUCAUCUCCUUCCCGCCCCUCAUUACCAUGGAGAAGGAAGAGGGAUCCUUCUGUGAGAUCAAUCGAGAAAAAUGGUACAUCGUUUCGUCCUCCAUCGGCUCAUUUUUUCUACCCUGCAUCAUCAUGGUGCUCGUGUACGUCCGAAUCUACCAGAUCGCCAAGAAGAGGACUAGGGAACCCCCUGGGGACCGGAGGAAAAAGGAUAAGAAAGAUGAAAAGGACCCCCAUGAGAUGCUCAACAGGGACCCGAAUGGCGCAGAUGACAAGGGUGAAAUAAACGGCGUGGACAUGGAAGAAUCCUCAUCUUCCGACCACAAGGUCUCCAACCCUUGUUCGCUCAAAAAGAAAGGCUGCAAGGGCAAAACCAAACUGAGCCAGAUUAAACCGGAUGACAACAUCGAGAAGCUAGAGGCCUGCCAGACCAUCAAGACCAGCAGGUGGAAAGGCCGCCAAAACCGGGAAAAGCGCUUCACCUUCGUCCUGGCCGUAGUUAUAGGCGUGUUCGUCAUCUGCUGGUUCCCGUUUUUCUUUACCUACACGCUGACGGCGUUUUGCGACUGCUGCGUGCCAAUGACCCUUUUCAAGUUUUUCUUCUGGUUUGGCUAUUGCAACAGCUCACUCAAUCCAAUUAUUUACACAAUCUUCAAUAAUGACUUCAGGAGGUCCUUUAAAAAAAUACUUUGCCGGAGAGACAGAAGAGUGGUGUGAGCAGGCCACUGAGAUCAGGUUACACCGUUUUCAUGUUAGUGUAAUGUAUCACCUGGAGAUUAAGGGAAGCACUUGUGUACAUUGUGUCAUUUUUCAACAAGACUAACGGAAAAAUGCUUUUGCAUCACAACGCAUGGUUAUGCAAGUACAGCACAAUUUGUGACAGGUUCAUUUGUUUUUAUAAAUGUGUUGUUGUGUUGUAUUGUUUGUGGUAUUUGGUAACUGUGUUUGUAUUUUAUCAUCUGGGAAUGGGACAAAGACGAGACAUUACAAAAAUGUGAAAAACAAUGUGCCAAAGGAAUAAGUACUGAUGUGUUCGGCCUUCAAAGUCAUAUGCAGUGCAUCAAAGUGUACUUUGGCCAGAAUGUGCAUGUCAAUGUCUUCUCAGUGGGACUUUUUUAUGUAGUAUAAUUCAUUGUGAAGGUGUUGAUAAUGUACGACGGGUGAUUUGGCUUUUAUCCCCAUCUUGACUUGUCGUAAUGGCUCAUUUACAAUUUCGGUGUGCACCGUUAAGCAAAAAGACGUUAAGAUAGUCCGACUGGAACCUUGACGGAUGGUGUCACAACAAAUUUCUUCUGCUUUUGAUGUAGAUUAUAUCUGUCAUCCUGGAUAAAAUAGAUGGAUCUUAGCACCCCAACGAGAAAAUUACUGAGAUUAUUACUGUCAUUUUCUGGAACUAAUAACCGUGUGACAUCCAGCUACUGUUUAUAAGUAGUCCUGAAAGCUACUUUACUACGAAUGUACACCUGUUUUUCAGCAAAUGGAGUUUAAUAAUGUGAUCUCUGGGUCAAAACAGCGCAGGAAUAUUCAGCAACACAUCGAAUGAUUGACAGCAUAACAAGGUGUCUCCCAGCAAAAGUAAGGUGGAGAUAUCUGUUGUUGUUAGAUAUCUAGUAAGAUGGAGUGAUCGUCCGGUCCAAUUUCUGUUUGAGCAAAUCAAAGGUUUAACAAACUGUCACUGUGCAUUUUUGUCAUUUCAGAGAAACAAAUCUUGAUGUAUGACUUGGUUCGAUAUUGGCUGUUUUCUGUCCUGGUGUGCUCUCAAAGUGUUUUCUCACUAAGGUUUACGAAAUUGUGUUUGCACAUACACGUUGAUCAACAAACGCACUCGAAGAAUAAAACAAAAAAGCGGA